AUGGCAGAACGAAAUAUAAGUGAGAAUUCAUUAGAUUCAAAAUGGCAGAGUAAGACUCAAAGUACGAAUGAAGACAAAAUAACCGGUCUUUAAGCAAGACCUUACAAUUACAAUUGUAAUUAUUAAAUAUUAUUAUUAGGCUAAUUAGACUAAUAUAAUGUGAAAUUAUGUGGAUUAGUAUUCGACGCUAUCGGAGUCCCAGACUUUUUUGUAUAAUGUGAGCAUAGGAAGAACAGCCAAACAGAUGUCUUACAAUGA